UCUUUUUUUUUUUAAUUUAGGGUCGCGUCAUAAAUAAUUGGCCGUCUUUGCUGGUAUUGUUUACUAUGUAGUUGUUGCACUAUUCCUGAGGCUUGAAAUGACAUUGGAAAAGAUGAUGAAUGGUAUCUAAAACUGCCAUUUUGUCUUUUAACUUUGGAAGUGUUAAUCCUUUUUUUAGGCAAUUAAAGAAAAUUUAUUAAUUACCAAGUAGCUGUACAAAACCAAGGGAAACGCCAGUUUAAGCCCUUUUUAAAACAUGUCUCAUUAACUAUGCGCUUCCUAUACAAAAACUAUAAAGAAAUCUAUAGAGAGAAAACAAACUUAAAAAGUUUUCUUUUAUCUCUAACUUUGAUGCAUAAAGUAGUCUUCAGUUUAUGCAGUAGGAAGUGUUAAUCUUUGUAUUAUUCCAAUUUAACCCAGUUUAUCUGCAAUAUAUAUUUGAAUCUAUUCGCUUAUAUGUAUUAUAUAGUGGAUUUCUCUAAGUUGGAGUUAUUUAUUGUCUGCUACAGAAAGCUGAGAAGGCUCGUCAUUAAUGAUAUCUGAAACAGCUAGUAGUAUUCUUUGUCUUUAUUCAUUAUCUGUAAUUUCAUUCAGAACUGUCCUGUUUUUAUAUUGUUAAACAAAAACAAAGGUGGUUUCUCUGAUCACCCACCCAAGGGUGUGUCCUAGUGGUUAAUGAAGUGGGUGAAAGCCUUAAAUACAGGGUUCAAACCCCAGCAGAGACAAGAAACUCUUGGUGAUUUCUUCUCCCCCCGCCUAAGCUUGGGUGGCAGAGUUACCUGUUACCUGUGCUGGCGGGAGGUAGCAGGUACCUGGUGAAAUUAUCGAGGUGCGUACAUGGCUCAGACAACACCAUUAUCGGGAAAAAACAAUGGUGGUUUUCUGAACUUAAAUCUCCAGAUCCAAUUGUGGCUGGUUUGUGUGUCUUGUAAGUGGCUGGCGGUCCCGCACGAGUAUGGCUGGAGAGGACUUUUCUGUCCAUGUGUCUUGUUUGGGCGUAAUGUUGAGAGCCUAAGAGAUGAUGAUACUCCUUGGUCUACUCCUUGCAUUUGUCAUGCCAUUUUCAUUGAGGGUGGCAUUGCGGUUGCAGCUGCAACAGCAGCAUUUCAUGGUAUUGAUCCAAGGACGUCAUUCCUCAUUUGUGAAGGUUUAUUAUUUAGUUGGUGGAUGUGUGGCAUAUACACUGGUCUGGUUCGGCAGUCGCUGCAGAAGAAGUAUCAUCUCAAGAAUUCACCCUGCGACCCCUGCGUGGUGCAUUGCUGCCUGCACUGGUGUGCCUUGUGCCAGGAGCAUCGGGAGAUGAAGAGUCGUCUUUCAGAUAAUGCUGCCAUGCAAAUGACAAUAGUUAACCCUCCACCUGUUCAGGAGAUGAAUGCUGAUGGCGACAACCGAGAACCUGGACCUUCUUCUGCAAAUGGGGUCGAACAAACUAACCUUGAGAUGCAAGCUCUAUGAAAGUCAUUCGCUGUGCUGUAAAAUUGCUAAAUCAGGUAUAGAUCAAACAGGGCGUGUUUUUUGCUACAGGCAGAGUCAGAUCUGGAGCUAUGUUUAUACAGAUCAAAAUGGAAAAAUCAAGUCUUUUUAUAUCAUCAUGCAUAUAAAAUUUUGUGGUGAAACGUGUUGUUUUUCGGUGUUCAGGAAAGAAGUUAGUGGAAGGUGAGCUUUUAGACGCACAAAUUAGGCCAUUAUAAUGUAUUUUAUUAUCUGCUGAAAAUGCAUAGGACAUCCUGCACUAUUUUUCAGAAGUAGUUGAACUACAUUAUGACAAAGUUCCACUCUUAAUCAAAACUCUUUUGUUCUUUUUA